AUCAAGAUACUAUUGACGUCGACGACCUUAAUCCUGGUGUUUCACUUAUCCCUCCACACGGUUGACGAAGGACACGCCAUAAAUCCAAGUUGCGAGUGCAUCCGCUUCACUUCAACAUACGGCAAAGAGCGCGGAACAUUCAGCAGCCCCGACUACCCGCGUCCGUAUCCGCCGCACCUCUCCUGCGUACUCUACACGUUCAUCGCUGCACCACACGAAAUCGUGGAACUCAUCUUCACGGACUUCGAUAUCUACAAAGAGCAUCUUGAAUGCGUUCAUGGCGACUACAUCAAGGUUUAUUCUGAAGGGAUCCACGGGCCUGGUCCUCCUGGCAUCAACGAGUAUUCUGCCUGGUCGAGGAUAAUUUGCGGAAGCAGAGUCGAUGCACCUCCGGCACUGUAUUCCCACGGACCUGUUCUAGUUUUAGAACUACACACGGGAACAAAAGCAUCAAAUGCCACUGGAUUUGUCGGGACGUAUAGGUUUAUUGAUAGAAGAAACUUUGAAACGGACGGCAUCCGAGUCCCGGACACGUGGUGCGACUACGUGUUCAACUCGCAGCCGAAUAGACCGGUACACGGUCGCCUGUACAGUCCGAGAUACCCAUCGAGCUACCCCAGUAAUAUGCGGUGUAACUAUCAUUUUAAUGCCAGACAAAAUGAAAGGAUCAAACUAGUUUUUGACGAAUCUUUUCUUCAGAAAGGAGACAUGAGUUGUCUGAACCGGGCGGACAUAAUAAAAGUGUUCGAUGGUCGAACGUCAACCGCACCUGUACUCGCGAUGCUGUGCAACGAGCUUAUUGGUUUUGAAAUACUAUCGACAGGGCCUGAGCUACUGGUGCAAUUUACGGCGAAUUCCGAUACACCAGGCCAGGGUUUCAAGGCCAGCUAUCAAUUUCAAAUGCAAUAUAAUUCUAAUACAGAUGGGGACAUUAAUAAAAAAUCAAGCACGGCCGACGCAAUAUCCGGAUUGGGCCCAGCUGUGAGUGCUGCCACAUCAUCGUGCCAUCAAGUACUCAGCAGCGACAAGAGCAAAAGCGGCAAAUUAACAUCUCCGCUGUACCCCUCGCCGUAUCCACAGAAGACGCAUUGUCAUUAUGACUUCAUGGCGAGGGGAAGGGAACGCGUUAGACUCGUGUUCGAGGAUUUCAGCUUACAACGAAUAAGCGACAGUGCUAUAGAUUGCGAAAGCUCGGAUUCCAUAGAUGUAUUUUUGUACGUGGACGGGCGGCUUGAGAAGAUGGCGUCAUUUUGCAACGACACGCCAAAACCAAUAAUGUCGAAUGGACCAAAGCUAUCCAUCGAAUUCAGGGGGAUUUUCUCUUCGAGGAACUCCAGGGGUUUCAAGAUAUCGUAUUAUUUUGUCGAAGACUACGCUAUUUCAACGGGAAUUCAGCUACAGGAGUUUCCGUGUGCCUUCGUAUACAAUAGCAGCGAACGAUCCAAGGGUGUUGUGACGUCACCGAAUUAUCCCGGCUUCUAUCCUCGUGAUACCGAAUGUAAUUACUUCUUCUACGGCCACGAAAAUGAAAGAGUCCUUCUACACUUCACCUACUUCGAUGUUGAAGGCGUAAUGCCAUGCGAGGCGGUCUCGGCAAGCGACUACGUACAAUUUUCAAGCCAAAUGAUAGACUCAAAAAGUCAGCGCUACUGUGGCCAGCUGAGGGAGCUUCAAGUUACGUCAGAUAAAAACUUCCUGAGGAUCACAUUUAGAUCAAACGAUAGGCUAGACGGAACCGGCUUCAAAUGUGAUUAUAUUUUCUUGAGAGAUUCGGAGAUGCACAGCAUGACAAUGCCAGAUUCUCAUGACAAGGGUACAAAUAUUCGGUUAACAAAAUUGCUAUUGUUAAUUUGUUUUGAGUUCCGAACGAUAGCAUUCAGAUAAUAGGAAACGUGCAAUUUGUGAAAUCGAAGAGAAUUUAU